AUGGCACCUACCAAAGGGUCGUCCAAGGGCUCCUCCUCUGGGGGUGGCGCUAAAGGGUCCAAGUCUUCGACACUCUCAUCUGCUACGCGUGUGAGCAAGUCCAGCAAGAAGAACGUCAAGCGUCCCCCGCCACAAGAAGUCAAGUCAAAAGCGCGGACCGCCCCAGAGAAUUUGGCGAAGAAGAAGAAGCGAGUCUAUACUGAGGCUGAGCUGGACCUGCCUAAGUUGAAUACGAUCACACCUGUUGGAGUUGUGAAGCCCAAGGGCAAAAAAAAGGGAAAAACUUUCGUGGACGACCAGGAAGGUAUGAUGACUAUCCUUGCCAUGGUUAACGCUGAAAAGGAGGGCCAGAUUGAGUCAAAGAUGAUGAAAGCACGUCAAUUGGAGGAGAUCCGAGAGGCUAAAAAGGCUGAAGCUGAAGCUCGUCAUGCACAGAAGAAGUCCAAGUUGGAAGCAGUCAAGGAUUCCAUCCGGAAUAAGAAGAAGGGCAAGAUUGGUGGUGACAAAGCGACCGAGCCAACUGCCUCUAAGGCUUCAGCAAACGGAACAUCGAAGUCAGCUAAGGGCAAGCGCAAGAGUGUCUCCUUUGCAUGA